CCCCCCCUCUUCCCCCCCUCACUAAGCUUGAUCACAUACAUGUGGCGUGAAGCUGGAGGACGGCACACUUCUCUAUCAGUCACCACCAGCCAUACUUAGCACUGAUAAUGACGCCAACGUGUGUAUAUGUUGUGUUUACUUCCUAUCAUUUGUUUACUUUGUCCGUUGCAAUGCGGCAAUAAUCAAACGCAAUUGAUUGGCCUGGUUUUUAUUUUUCUCAGCUUUGUGUUCUUUUUGACUUUGGUAUGAAUGCAGCUUGAAUAUUUUUAUUUUAUAAAUUAGAUCCUUUUUUGUCUGCAGUUUACAUUAAAUCAACACCAUGCAUGUCCCCUGUACUACAAACUAAAUACACUGCUGCACAGUAUAUGUAAAGGAGUGUUCAUGUUCCCUGUGUAGUUUUUUUUUUCUUUUAUCAGUGUGACAUGAAAGAAAAGACUUGAGUGAUGGAGGCAGAUAAAGAGCUGUCUGACGGAGCGAGAAGCUGACGUGUGGAUGUCAGAUGUGAAAGAACGACGCCAACAGCAGACAAACACAGCAGGACGUCCAUCUGCCAAGAAUGAGUCCAACUCCUAAUGGAUUCGAGCUAUCACCAUCACAGCCAGAUCCUGAGAGGGGGCUUCACCCCUCAGCUCUGUUUCAGCUGAAUCUCCCCACCCAAGAACCUGCAGAGGCCAACCGCCAACAGCAAACGGAGCAGGAUCUUCAGCACCUACCAGGGACCAACCUUGAGCCACAACAGACAGAUGAACGGACUCAAACAAAAUAUCGGUGUCCACUCUGUCUCUUCAUUCUGGGCUUCUGUUCAUGUGCUGCAAUCCUGGGAAUGACUUAUUACCUACACCACUUUCUUGACAAGAACCAGGCACCCGUCGUCACCCCAUGUUCCUCCCCAGCCUGCCAAAGGGCCUCGGUUCUUCUCUCUGUGUCUGCUGACCCCUUCACGCACCCGUGUGACUACUUCAAGUUCUCAUGCGGACCUGACAGUGGGGGGCACCACCGAGAACAGAACAUGCAGGGGCACCAGAGAGCAAAGUCCAGAGUACGGCAAAGCAAGACGAGAGAGGACCGGAACGUCAAAGAAAAGAGCACGCUGGAUAGGGAAACUGAGCUGUUUCAGUAUAUGCGGGAAAUUUUAGAAUCCAAUGACAGACUCACAAGCUCAGCUGUGCAGAAGGCCAAAAGCUUCUACCGCUCAUGUUUGGACACCAAGUCCUUGGACAUUGCUGGAGUGGAACCUUUCCUCAUGCUCAUCCAGAAGUUGGGGGGUUGGCCCGUGUCAGGCCAGUGGAAUCAAACCGACUUUAACGUCACCCUCGGUGUGCUGAUGAGGGACUACGCCACCUUCCCCUUCUUCAACCUCUAUGUCGGCAAAGACCCUAAUGACACGGCUAGCAAGAAGACCAAACAGUACAUACAGAUUGAUCAGCCAGACCUGUUGAUCCCCAUUGAAUGGAACAGCAAGACGCAGAAGUCUCAAGCAAGAACAGAGACGCUGCGUCCUUUCUUGGCUUCGUGUCAGAGGUACCUGGCGUUGCUGGGGGCCCCGGCCAGCAGCAACAUGAUCCACGUGGGGAUGUUCAUCUCUUUGUCUUCUGAGCUGGCUGUGGCCGCAACACCUCUGAGCCAUCGCAUGGCCAAAGGAGAGCUCUAUCAGCGCAUGACCAUUAAAGAGUUACAGCACAAGGCUCCAGCCGUGGACUGGUUGGGGUGCCUGCAGGCUGCUUUCCACCCACAGCCCCUCAUGGAAGACGACCACGUCCUCCUGCACAACUUGCGUUACAUCGUGCAGAUGUCCCGCAUCAUUGGCAAGUGGCUGACAAAGCACGAGCUGAGCAAAAGUGGCCCCCUCCAUACCUUCAUGGUGCUGAACUUGCUGCACACUUUAAUGCCCGCCUUGGACUCCAGAUUCUCUGACACAGCCAAGAACUUAUCAGAGACUUUGGACCACACAGGCGUGAGGCAACGCAACUUCCACUUUCAAAACAUCUUCACCAUGGAUGGUGGAGCUCUUCACCAGGCAGCCCCUCGCUGGAAGCGCUGCGUGAUCGAAACCGAGCGAGGGUUCCACGGGGUUCUGGUACAUCUGUUAAGGGAGAACAUUUCAGGUGGAGAGGCAGAAGAGAUGAUUUACGACAUCCUGUACUCGUUAAAGUCUCAAGUACACCAACUCAGGUGGACAGACGACAAGACUCUACAGUUUGUUAUGAAAAAGGUUAAAUCCAUAACUCCAAGACUGGUGACUACAAAGGAAAUCUCCGAUGAGGCUGAGCUUGACUUGCUUUUUUCUCAGCUGACGCCAUCCUUGCAGGUGUCUGUCCGCAUGCAGAGUUUCUUCUCCAACUACCUGCAGCUUCUGUCCUUGUGGCAAAAGAGACGCAGCAAACUCUUGAAUGUGCAGAAUGAUGCCACUGAUAUUUUGUCCGUCUCGCCAUCUCUUCUGGGAAAUGACCUGAUCAUCCCCAUGGGAAUGUUUAUCCCUCCUCUCUUCCAUCCCACAUAUCCAAGAGCUAUGAAUUACGGCGUGUUGGGCUUCCUCCUUGCCAAAGACGUCCUUCACCUGCUUCUACCUGACGUUUACUCCAAGAGCGAGUCGGUGCACGCUGUGGGUGAGUGCGUGUGGUCCCAUUACCUAACAGUGACAAACAAGAAGGGUGUGCUUCCACUUCCUGCAGCUCAGCAGCAGGAAGUGUGGCUGCAGUAUUCGGCACUGCAGAUAGCGCUGAAGGCUUAUAAAAGGAGUUUAAAGAAGCAGCCGGAAGACACGUCACUCUCUGGAUUCUCACUCACUCGACUGUUCUUUAUGUCUUUUUCUCAGGUCAACUGCAACGCCGACCCUCAUCAUCAUUUGAUGCCAUUGGAGCCUUCCUUCCUGAUCUCAGCCAUUUGUGCUAAGUCCCGUCUUUGUCCGACUAACCUCGAGUGUCCCAAAACAACUCAGCGGGAUUUAACACUCAGAUGCUGAGCGUCACAAAGAGGUGAUCAUGAAACUUCACAAGCAUGUUUGGUGCAGUUUUAAGCCCAAAAAACAAGGUGGCAGAGUUUCAUUUUAUAAGAGCUCGGCCUGCAUCUUUCCCACUGAAACCCAUGCUCCCAGGAAGUGACAAGGCCUCUCUGGCCUUUUAAUGCAUUUGAAUGCAUGCACACACGUGGAAAAAAUGUGAAAAUUGUAAAUAGUUCAUGGUGUUAUAUUUGUAAAAAAAAAAAAAAUUCAUGUAAAUAACCAUUUUUUGUGUGUUUAUGUUGUGGCAUCGACGUUUAGAUAUUUUAGCUAAAUAUAUAUGGCUAGAUUUGUGUGAAAGUUACAUUCAUUCAUUCAUUUUCUACCGCUUUUUCCUCACGAGGGUCGCGGGGGGUGCUGGAGCCUAUCCCAGCUGUCUUUGGGCGAGAGGCGGGGUACACCCUGGACUGGUCGCCAGCCACUCACAGGGCGUGAAAGUUACAUAUUUUACUGAAACAUAUUCACAUUUCUACUGCGGACUACUAAAUAGCCCAAGAACACAAUAUUUUCUAUGCCUUGAAAAAUCAGUCAAAAUCAUCACAAAUGGCUGGAAUUGAAUGAGUUAAAAACAAAUAGGCUGUAACAUUGUGUACAUACGAGAAUGUAGAAUAAUUCUGCGUAUUACUAACAGGAUGUGUUAGAUGACUGUUUUUUGUUUUUUUUUUUCUACAUGAGCCUUGUUUGCAUUCUGUUAUUUGGACAAUGUGUUCAAAGUUUAAUGCUCUUCUGUUGCAAAAUAAACUGUCAUGGUCAAUUCAA